AUGUCGAUCUCUGAUAAAGAGGCGUUGUUUAUGAUACUACAAGCCCUAUAUGAAGGGCAUUAUGAAAAGGCUGCUCACAAGUUUGAGCAAGAAUCUGGUAUCUACUUUAACAUGAUGUAUUUCGAGAAUGAGUUACGAAACGGCCAUUGGGAAGAAGUUGAGAAUUACCUUCUUGGUUUUACUGAGUUAACCAGUAAUCGAUACUCGGUUAAGCUUUUCUUUGAGAUUAGGAAGCAAAGGUACUUGGAGGCAUUAGACAGGAAGGAGAUCGGAAAGGCUAGGGAUAUGCUGGUAAACGACUUGAAGGUUUUUAAGACAUUUGACGAAAAGGUGUAUUUGGAUAUGACUGGACUCUUGGGAUUGGACAACUUCAGGGAAAAUCAGCAACUUAAGAUGUAUGUCGAUGAAAUUUCUGCGCGUGCAGUUUUGCGUGAUUCAGCCAAAGACUUGAUUCAAGCUAAUCCACUUUUCAAGGACAAGUUGGAAAUUCCAAUCCUUGUGGAGUCGAGGCUACAAUCUAUCUAUAACCAGAGCUUGCUUAGGCAGCAACACCCACUUCAACAGGAGAAGGACCUGAUGUCCAAUCCCUUUGGAGUAAGACCCGUCCCUGCAGGUUAUGCAUAUCGUAACACACAAAACAAUGAAGGUGUAGCUUCAUUCGGUAAAUAUCAGAAUUCUGAGAAUGCAUGGCUUAAACUGGCCAAGGUAGCUGAUGAGGUCACUGUCAAUGAAAUUAAGGAACGGGGUCAAUGUCGAUCUUUGCGGCUUCCUGAUAAACUGAAAUGUAACAAGAUAUCAAGGUUGAUGUAUGCUAAUUCAGGUCGUUCUAUUUUAGCGCUAGCGUCAAACGCAAUGCAUCAGUUUUGGAAAUGGGAGAAAACUGAGGCGUCAGCCAGUGUUCGCCCUGAAAUAUGGGAACCGAAAAGUGGUAAGCUGAUGGUCAAUGAUAUAGAAGACGUAACCAAUGAAGAAACUGAGCAUUGUUUCUCUAUGUCCAAUAAUGAAGUUUACCUCAUUUCAACAUCGGGUGGAGAGAUUUCCGUGUUCUCAACGGCAACAUUUGAGAAAUUGAACACAUUCAUGCCGCCGCCACCUGCGUGUACAAGUCUCAUUUUCUACCCCGAAGACAACAACAUAUUGGUUAUUGGCACAGAGGAUUCAAACAUCCUGAUAUAUGAUAUCCACAAAGAUACGAUUAUGAAAACUCUUAAAGGUCACUUAAAUAAAAUCAUAGGUUUGGCAUAUUCUAAAGAACUCAAAGUCCUAGUUUCAUUGGAUGCAGAGGCUCAGAUUUGUGUGUGGAAAUGGGAUACAUGGGUUAAGCAGAACACAGCGGCCUUGCAAAUACCAGCUGGGACGAAUUCUGCUUCAGCUAUCCGUGUACAAUAUCAGAAUGAUCAGAUUCACUUCCUUGUGGUGCAUCAAAUACACCUUGCUAUAUACGAAACAACAAACUUGAAGCGUGUAAAACAGUGGGUUGUACCUAGAUUUUCUGCGCAUAUCACUGACGCAACAUUGUCUAGCGAAAGCGAAAUGAUAUUUGCCAGUUUUCUUGAUGCAACCAUUUUAGUUUUUGGAGUUGCAAACUUUCAACCCGUGUGUCGCAUUCAACCAUCUGCAUAUCUCCAUGCAAUUUCAAGGUAUUACUGCCUCUUAUGUUUAUGUAAAGCUACACUACCACUAGUCUGUCUUAAGAUUUUUGUUAGCUUGCCCCUUGUUCUAAAGAGGGUAGGCCAGUAAGUUGCACGAACCAUUUCGAUGAAUAAUGGAAGCUGCAAAACCGCGUAGGUGAUCAAGAAAACACAAGUGAUGAUUGUGAUAAAAAGUGGAAACCAUGAAAAUCUAUGUCCGAGAACGAUAGAAAGUGCGGCACUAAAAGCUAUCAUCAUGGAAACUACAGACAAGAAGAGACUCAGGAGACCAAGUAUCAACUUCUUUGGCAAUGACUUGAGGAAAUCUUUUUCGGUAUAACUUGAGGUUAAUAUGGAUAAAAAGGCAAGAACUGAUGUGAGGUAAGAGAAGAGACCAAAGGCAUCUGCUGCUAGAAACAGUAAGAAUGACGUGUUAUUUAGAAAAAUUGGUGUACCAUUUUUUUCGCUAUUGCUGUCGCCAUAGUUUCCACCGGGUAUAGUAAAAGCGGCAACAAACACAACGGUUGUCACGAGAGCAGCAACCACCAUGCAUGACCCAGCUGUUCUCUGCAUCCAUUCUUCUCCUUGCUUCAUUAACUUCUCAUGUUCUUCUGUGAAUAAAGCUCGAGCAGUCAUCCCAGCUUUGUUUGUAAUUAGCCUAUCUUUUUGUGGAGUAAAAUGUUCC